CGCGGAUUAUUUUUGUGUUGGUGGAUUCAAUUUAUUAAUAUAAUUUGUUGUAUUGUGCGAUUAUCAACUCAAAAUAACGAUUCAGUAUCAGUGCUAGCUGUAAUGUAUACAUACUAGUAUUACAGCUUUGGAGGUAAGUCAGAUGUUUACUGGGAACAAUUUGUAGUGUGGAAAAUGUCAACUGAAGACCUGCAUCUGAAAAACAACAUGUCGCUUGGUGAUAAAUCAUGUUUUCGGUGUGAAGUCUGCUCAAAGAGUUGUAAAGCCAAGUCUCAUCUAGAAACACAUAUGCGUGUUCAUACAGGUGAAAAACCUUUCAUGUGUGGAAUGUGCUUAAAGGACUUCUCAACCAAAAGUAACAUUAAGACACACAUGACGAUCCACAGUGGAGACAAACCUUUCAGAUGUAUGACAUGCUUGGAAUGUUUCCCCUUGUGGUCUUACCUAAAACAGCAUAUGUUGAUUCAUACAGACAAGAAGAAUUUCAAAUGUGAAGUGUGCACGAAAUGUUUUACGUACAGGUCCCACUUGAAGGAACAUCUGCGGAUCCAUACUAGGGAGAAACCUUUCAAAUGUGAAGUGUGCACGAAAUGUUUUACGAAGAGGUCCCACUUGAAGGAACAUCUACGGAUCCAUACUAGGGAGAAACCUUUCAAAUGUGAAUUGUGCACGAAAUGUUUUACGAAGAGGUCCCACUUGAAGGAACAUCUGCGGAUUCAUACUAGGGAGAAACCUUUCAAAUGUGAAGUGUGCAUGAAAUGGUUCACGCAUUAUUCCCACUUAAAACAACACAUGUUGAUUCAUACUGGCGAGAAACCUUUCAAAUGUGAAUUGUGCACAACAUCGUUUAGGCAGAGUUCCAACUUGAAACAACAUAUGCUGUUUCAUACUGAUCAGACACCUUUCAAAUGUGCAGUAUGCAAAAAAUGUUUUGCACAUAAUUCCUUCUUGAAACAGCAUCUUUUGAUUCAUAAUGAGGACAAACCUUUCAAAUGUGAAGGGUGCACAAACGUUUUUAUGCAUGGUUCCAACUUCAAACAAGAUAUGUUGAUUCAUACUGGCGAGAAACCUUUCAAAUGUGAAAUGUGCCAAAAAUGUUUUAAACAGAGUUCAUGGUUGAAACAGCAUAUGCUGAUUCAUACUGGCGAGAAACCUUUCAAAUGUGAAGUGUGCACAAAAUGUUUUUUGCGUGAUUCCAACUUGAAACAACAUAUGUUGAUUCAUACUGGUGAGAAACCUUUCAAAUGUGCAGUGUGCACAAAAUGUUUUGUGUAUCAAUCCAACUUGAAACGACAUAUGUUGAUUCAUGCUGCCGAGAAACCUUUCAAAUGCGCAGUGUGCACAAACAGUUUUACACAGAGAUCCAGCUUGAAAUACCAUAUGUCGGUUCAUACUGGCGAGUAACCUUACAAUGUGAAAUGUACAAUAAAAUAUAUAUAAAAAUAAAUCCCCUCCCCCCCCCCCCCCCCCCCCCCCCCCAAAUAAAAAUAAAUAAGAUAAUACUAAAACAAAAACCUCAAACAACUCAGAUUUAUCGGGAAAUGGUUUCGUUAAACAAACAAAACAAACAACAAGCAUGUUAAAUCAUACUGGUGAGCAAUAUUUUAAUUGUUUAGUUGCAGAAUUGCUUUUAAGCAGUGAAAAUUCAGGACUCGACAUUUGCAGUAGUAGGUGUGUUUUAGACUUUCGGCGACCACAAUCUCCUGCCUACCAGAUUUUCAAAGCCGAUACGUUGACUGUCUAAUAGACUUUUCCAGAAUUAUAUUAUAUUAAAAUGUAUUUCCAGCUCCAUUACAGAAAACAUUUUAUUAAUUAAUUGUAUAUAUCUGUGUCUUCUGUGUAUUGCAUACAGGGCAGUUUUGGGAGAAUAAAAGUCUUGCAUUUC